GCGAGCUGCUGCUGCUAUGUCAGGAAAGUUCCAGGAGGCAUCGGAUCGGGCCUGGCUUCUGCUCUGCCGGGAUCUGCAAGGCGUGGUGUGUGUUCUGAGGCUGCUCGAAAAGGGAAGAUUCUGCUGAACAUCAGCGCAUGCAACCUCACAAAGAGCACCGAAAGAUGACUUAUUCAGACUGUUCCUUAUUCUGUUCAAGGGAUCCUGCCUGGAUUGGCAUAAAUAUUGGCAUGAAAGUUGGAGCUCUGCUGUUUUCAGUUGUGUAAUCCUGAUUUGGUCCAUGGCCAAGGAACAUGAUACUACCCUUACAAGCUGAAAUGCCUUGAGGACCUUGGCUCUGAAUUCAUUCCUCCUGAAGCAAUGGUUUUCUCCGCAGUGUUCACAUCUGCCCACUCUAGGACAUUGAAUGCUACUUUUAUUGUCUAUGAAAACGCCUAUAUGAAUUUUACCACUCCUCAAUUUUUGCUUCGUAGUGGCACAACACAGCCAUUGAAUCACAGUUCAGGGGCCAUGGUCACCACUGAGAUAAGUACUUUACUAGUGAACCCUACAGCUAUCCUGCCAACAAAGGACGUUUUCAAGAGCUUGAGUCUGCCACUCCAGAUCAUUCUUUCUGCUGCUAUGAUAUUUAUACUGUUGGUUUCUUUUCUUGGAAACUUUGUUGUCUGCCUCAUGGUCUACCAGAAAGCUGCCAUGCGAUCUGCAAUUAACAUUCUCUUAGCAAGCCUGGCUUUUGCAGACAUGUUGCUUGCAGUGCUGAACAUGCCUUUUGCUCUGAUAACCAUCAUUACCACGCGAUGGAUUUUUGGAGAUAUCUUCUGCAGAGUUUCUGCCAUGUUUUUCUGGCUGUUUGUCAUAGAGGGAGUGGCCAUCCUACUCAUUAUUAGCAUUGAUAGAUUCCUUAUUAUAGUUCAGAGACAAGAUAAGCUGAAUCCUUACCGUGCAAAGAUUCUCAUUGCUGUUUCAUGGGCUGCAUCCUUUGUUGUGGCUUUUCCAUUAUCUGUGGGGAACCCAAACCUGCAGAUACCUUCUAGAGCACCUCAGUGUGUUUUUGGCUACACCACUAGUCCUGGCUACCAGGCGUAUGUAAUACUAGUUGUACUAAUUUCUUUUUUUAUUCCAUUCAUGGUAAUGCUAUACUCUUUUAUGGGCAUACUCAAUACCGUACGCCACAAUGCAGUUCGUAUCCACAGCCAUCCCGACAGCAUAUGCCUCAGCCAGGCCAGCAAGCUUGGUCUCAUGAGCCUUCAGAGACCUUUUCAAAUGAACAUUGAUAUGAGCUUUAAAACUCGUGCCUUCACAACCAUAUUGAUUUUGUUCAUUGUUUUCAUAGUCUGUUGGGCACCCUUCACCACCUACAGCCUUAUUGCUACAUUCAACAGUCACUUUUACAACAAGCACAACUUUUUUGAGAUAAGCACUUGGCUCCUUUGGCUCUGCUACCUCAAGUCUGCACUGAACCCGUUGAUUUACUACUGGAGGAUUAAGAAAUUUCAUGAUGCAUGCUUAGAUUUAAUGCCCAAGUACUUCAAGUUUUUGCCACAGUUUCCUGGUCACACAAGAAGACGCAUUCGACCAAGUGCCAUCUAUGUGUGUGGGGAGCACCGGUCGGUUGUGUAAAAUUGCAGCUAUUUGACAUGACGAUUAUUUUCUGGGAUUAUUUGUUUUUAUGUAUUGUUUUAUUUUAAUAUGGCUCCUUCAACUGCCAUAUCUUAUAUCUCGAGUAUGUUUUCCAAAAUCUGACUCAAUUUUAAGGAAGAACAUGAUUUAUUAGAACUGGGUUUACUGUCAGAAAAAAUGUAAACAAAAUUACAAAUAUUACCUCCCAGGAUUCAGUGGAAACCCAGACUUCUUUUUAUUAGAUUUCUAAUAUUUUGUCAGUUUUCUGCUUAUUAAGCCUGCAGUUGCAUCUAAUUGUAGGGUUUUUUAUGCUGCUAUGGUACAGUAUGUUUAGGUGGUGUAAUUUUUCUGAAAAUGUUGCUGCUUUCUACCAAGACAUUAGAACCAAAAAGUCACAUUUAGGUAACUUCUAUUUAAUUUUAACAAAAUUUCAAGAGUUUUGAUGAUGACAUUAGAACCUUUUUAAAAAUAUUUCCAUUAAUAUUUUGUGCACUUUACAAAACUUGCUACAAAAUCUGUUUUUCAGAAUGUUUGUGAUGCCUGUAGAGAAGGUUUUUAAACUUUAUGGUGGUAGUUUAAUGAAAGAUAUGUUUAGUUUCUAGAGGGCAGAUUUACAUUGGUGUAUCUAAAAUUACAGUUACUGAUUUUGCUAGAAAUUAUUUGUGAAAAUUAACCUAAUGGGAUAUUAACUCCUUAAUCCUGGUGAAUGAGGAAAUGGAGGCAGAAUGAAAAGAUAAAAUAUCAUGCCCAAAAUAUAAGGCUAACAUAAGUUCUGGAGAAAUGGGCCCAGGCAAAAAUUGAUCUUUUUUGACCAUUGCACACAUUUUAAUAUUUUAGUGGCUAUGGAACUCCAAAAUCUAUUGCUUUGUCCAGAAGUCAAAGUUAUAAAUUAUGGCUGUGAUCCUGUGAUUUACAGCAGGUGGGCAGACAGAUUUUCCCAUUCAGAGCCCUAAGGAAGUCAGUGAGAGUGUGAGAGUGGAAUGCUGCACCCAUGCAUUCUAAAUGGGCAGGAUCAAGGCCUGGGAGAGUCUGUGGCCAAAGGAAAAUUGGAAUAGUGUUUCUGGGUCAAAAAAAAAAAAAAGGACAUGAAACAUGUUUUGGACUGGGGCAAUAUUAAACACCCUCAUCUAAAGCAGGGGUGGGCA